CUGUGGCUGAUUUUGCGCAGUUGAUUGCAUGAGGAACUUAAAACCUUUCAGGUGUGACAGGUAACAUGCAUUCUGACGCCGCUGUGAGAGAACCUCGCAGUGACUUGUGCAGAAAAUACAAACGUACAGGAUGAAACUGGAAAAGGAAAAACAGGACAGAAGAGAGAAGAAGUCCAAACGCUCCUCUAAAGACCGAGAGAAGGACUCUGAGCUGAACGGCAAACACAAACCCUCCUCAAAGAUGAAGCAGUCGGACAGGCCAUCUGGAGUCAGCAGCAGCGCAGUGAAAUGUGAAGCAGGAGAUGGUGGCACGCAUGAGGAUGUCAAAGUAGAUCCUGAUGAAAGAAAUGAUGGACAGCAGAAACCAGGUUCUCCAGAAAUCAACAAAAACAAAGAGAAGACUCGAUCAAAAAGCAGCAAGCAGCGUCACAGUCAUAAGCAGAGGACUGCAGAUGUGAAGCUGUGCGGCGAGGAUGAAAACCUGUGUGAAUCUGUCCAGACGAGGAAGAAGAAGAGGGUCAAAGAUGAAGAGAGCCCAGAGAAACACGACAAGAAUCAGUCGUCUGGGAGGAAAAGGAAAAAGACGAGUUCUGAACAUAAAGCAGAGAAGAACAAAAAGACCAAGAAAGACGGAGACCAGAAGGAGAAGAAGAAGGGGGAGGAGUCUGAUAAGUGGAAGUGGUGGGAGGAAGGAAAGUCAUCAGACACUCAGAAAUGGAGCAGUUUGGAGCACAAAGGACCGUAUUUCCCUCCUGAAUACGAGCCGCUGCCUGAUAACAUCUGCUUCUAUUAUGACGGUCAGCCAAUGAAACUCAGUCCCGCGACGGAGGAAAUCGUCACGUUCUACGCUAAGAUGCUGGAUCACGAAUACACCAGUAAAGAAGUGUUUCAGUGCAACUUCUUCAGCGACUGGAAGGAGGAAAUGACUAAAGAAGAGCGAAAGCUGAUCAAGAUGCUCUCCAAGUGUGACUUCAGUCAGAUCCACAAGUAUUUCGUGGAGAAGUCUGAGGAGCGUAAGAACAUGACGAAGGAGGAGAAGCAGGUCCUGAAGGAGGAGGCCAGCCGGCUGAUGGAGGAGUACGGCUUCUGUCUGCUGGAUGGACACCGCGAGAAGAUCGGGAACUUCAAGCUGGAGCCGCCAGGGCUGUUCCGCGGCCGAGGAGAACAUCCUAAGAUGGGCAAGCUGAAGAAACGCAUCCAGCCCGAGGACGUGACCAUCAACUGCAGCCAAGACUCGAAGAUCCCGGCGCCCCCUGCAGGCCACCGCUGGAAGCGUGUGCAGCACGAUAACACGGUCACGUGGCUGGCGUCGUGGCUGGAGAACAUUCACGGACGACCCAAAUACAUCAUGCUGAACCCCAGCUCCAAGCUCAAGGGCGAGAAGGACUGGCAGAAGUAUGAGACGGCGCGGCGGCUGAAGAUGAAGGUGGACUCCAUUAGGAAGCAGUACAGACGCGACUGGACCUCCAGAGAGAUGAAGAGCCGACAGAGAGGAGUCGCCAUCUACUUCAUCGACAAGCUGGCGCUGCGAGCGGGGAACGAGAAGGACGACGAGUCAGCUGAUACGGUGGGCUGCUGCUCUCUGCGUGUCGAGCACAUCACGCUCCACCGGCGUCUGGACGGACAGGAACACGUGGUGGAGUUCGACUUCCUGGGCAAAGACUCCAUCCGCUACUACAACAAAGUGCCUGUGGAGAAACAGGUUUUCAAGAAUCUGAAGCUGUUCAUAAAGCAUAAGGAUCCAGAAGAUGAUUUAUUUGACCGAAUUACAACGGUCAAACUCAACAAAACCCUGAACGAGUGCAUGCCUGGACUGACGGCCAAAGUGUUUCGAACCUUCAACGCCUCGACCACGCUGCAGGAUCAGCUCAACAAACUCACCACAGAGGGCAUGACGGUGGAGGAGAAGAUCCUGUCGUAUAACCGAGCGAACAGAGCCGUGGCCAUCCUCUGUAACCACCAGAGGGCAGCACCCAAAACCUUCGAGAAGUCAAUGCAGCUGCUGCAGGAGAAGAUCCAGAAGAAAAAGGAACAAAUUGAAGAGGCCAAAAAAGAGCUGAAGGAAGCGAAGAAAGCUCAUAAAGACGCUCCGUCUGACAAAUCCAAGAAGCUGCUGGAGAAGAAGGAGAAGGCUGUUCAGAGACUGAGUGAGCAGCUGAAGAAGCUGCAGCUGCAGGAAACCGAUCGCGAGGAGAACAAGGUCAUCGCUCUGGGCACGUCCAAGCUCAACUACCUGGACCCACGCAUCAGCGUGGCCUGGUGUAAGAAACAUCAGGUGCCUGUUGAAAAGAUCUACAACAAAACCCAGAGGGACAAGUUCGCCUGGGCCAUCGACAUGACUGACGAGAACUUCCAGUUCUGAAGACCAGCCCGUGCUUCUGUGUUAAUGAUGUGCUGUGUGAUUAUUUGUGCUGUUUUGUUUUUUUGAAUCAAUGAUGCUAGCGUCUCCAGUAAAGCCUCUCGUUCAUCAGCUCGCUGUUCUUUCUUCUGAGUGACAGCUGCCAGUCUCUAGUUUGCAUUAUCAGCCUCGAACGCUUCAAUACAAGUCGCUUCAGAAUAGUGCAGAGGUUUUUUAUAGCAGGGCUUCAAUAUUUUUUCAGCCGCUUCUACCUGCUGGGUUUAAAUGAGGCUGAAGGUGUGACUCAGAAUGUCAACGUGAUGCGAGAGUCGAGAUCUGGAGGAUCAUCAGAGAGAUCGGGAUUUGGGCCGGAUUAGAGUUUCUCUGAGAGGAACGGCUGGGAAUAAUAAGUGCUCUGAGAUCCGCGGUCUGUUUGCAGGAGCGUCGUGACCUGCUAAUAUCGCAUUUAUCACUGCAACAAAACGCUCAAGAGAUCAGUGUCGAGCGUCUCAAACACACAUCAGAAAUCAGUGUUGUCUUUCUUCGUUUGAGCGUUUCGGUCAAGAAACACCGUUCUGUCCAUUAGUUUCAUUCAUCCUUCAGGUUCAGUUCCUCCCACUCUUUGGCUUUAUAACCAAUGUUUGUUCAUGCAUUUGAUUUUUCGCUAUUGUAAGAGUGUUAGACUGUAA